AUGGGUUCGAGGAUUGAGGGUUCCAGGAAUCACCUUUCCCUAAAAGAUUGGCGUGUUAAUUAUGGGGGCGCUUUUGUGAAUGGGAAGCAUCAUUGGGCUGCAAAGUCUCGCCGUAAAAGAGGCCUCUAUCCUGCGAAUAAAAUUGUUAGUUUUGAUUUGGUUGAUGAGACUUACGGAGAUAUAGAACUGCCAGAAAAUUAUACGGUGAUGACGGGUUCUAUGAAAUGGAGUAUACGAGUUUUAGGGGAAGGGUAUCUGGCUUUGCUUUGGCACCAUGUUCAGGAACAUGUGAACUUAUGGAUUAUGACAGACUAUGGAGUUGGACAAUCUUGGACUAAAAUGUUGAUGAUUCCUUAUCCUGAAGAUGAUCUUAAAUGUCAAUUUUCGCGAUCUGCCAUUUGUGCAAUGCAACCUGUGUUCUUAUCAAUUAAUGGUAAGUUAUUGCUGAAACUGGGGUCCAGAUUAGUCCUUUACAAUCUUGAAGAUGAUUCAUACGAGGAUUGUACUAUUAGCUAUAAUUCACCACAUGUUGGUGAUGAUCUUCGGGUGGACAUCUAUGAUGAAAGUUUAGUUUUGCCUGAUGCCAAUGAUGGACAAAUUAGCUGA